GACUGCUCUAUGCGCAUAGCAUCUGCGCAGUCAACAUCAAUUCAGACCACGUUGAGGGAGGGUAGUGUAAACAUACGUUUCAGUCAUCAAAGAUGACGAUGUUUUUGAAUUCAGACGUAACGUAACAGUGGUGAUUGAAAUGAAGAGGCAAAGUCAAGCUAGAGAAGUUAAUCUAGUCAAGACACAAACACCUCUUUCAGAUCUUCAAAAUCAACAGGAAGUGAACGACCAGAUUUUUCGUCAUGUUCAAGAGAUGUUUGACGGAAAGGUUGAUGGAGAUGUUGUGUAUAUUAUCCUUCAGGAAUUGGAAUGGAAUGUGGAAAAAGCCAUUGAUACAUUGUGCAACAUGUGUGGAAGCCCGAUUGAUGCAACCAAGAAAAAUAGCAAGUUAGCAGAAAUAGCCAGAGAUGUCUUGUGUCUUGAUAAGAAGAAUAAGUCUUCCCAACAACAGUCAACACAAAAUCUUAUGCCCUCAGAAUUUCCAGCACUGGGCUCACCACAGAAGUCUGAAAGACCACAUUCAUCAACGAGAGAAAAAACUCCAACUCGUGCAGACGCACAAUGGUCAGAUAAUAAAUCUCCACUUAUGAGUCCACAAAAAGUCAAGUCUUCAAACAGUUUUAAAUUUGACAAUAAAUGUAGUCAAGAUAAUGAAUACAUUCAAUCGGCAAACUCAUCAUUGUAUAAUUUGGGAACAUCAGCUGGUAUUAAAACCUCAUUAGAAACUAGCCCAAGGCAUGUAGGUGUAAUUGGUGAAAAGCUAAACAGAAAAUCUAGAGAUAAUUCUCUAUCACCUGGCAACUAUACAAGUCCAUUGGAACAAUCCAAAGUUGAGAAAAAUGUUAAAAGUUUAAAACGAAUUACAAACUCUGGAUUUUCAGACUCUCGAUUAGGACGAAAAAAACCUGGCGAUAAAUAUCAUGAGGUUCUUGGCGAUAGCUUCCCAUCAUUUCAUGAUUUUAACAGCAGUGAUGAUAUAGAACUACAUUCAUCACAACUCACUCCUAAAAAAUCAUCCAAAUUACAGUCUUCACAUAAUUCUUUAGAUGAUAUUGAUGACAAUUUUGAAGAAGAACUGGAUUUUAAUUCAUCUUCAAAGAAAGUAUCUACUCCAUCCAUAGUGCCACAAUUUUCUGAGGGCAUUGGACAUUCAAUUCUUGCUGGUGCUCUCAAUUUGACUACUUCUGUGGACAAUGGGAUACCAACUCCAAGGGAAGAAAAAUUUAAUGUCUUCGGUGCAAAACAGUUAUCAACUCAAAUAUCAACUCAAAUAUCCCCCUCAAUGGGCAAAAGUGCAGCACCUGUAUCUUGUUUGUGGCCACAAACUGGAUAUGAAAGAAGAAAGCAGAGUCUAGAUGUUCAUGAAAGUAGCUACAUGUCUAACUUUCUUCCGUCCUCUACACCUGGGACAUCAAGAUAUUCAUUUGCAAAUAAAAGUGCCUUCAAUUCAAGACAUGACUCCGGAGACUUUGAUAUCGACAGUUUAUUAAAGGAAGGGACAAGUGGCAAUCUGAAUGGAGGGAGUCAAAUCAAAGAUACUUCAAACCAGUCAAAAGAGCUUGCAAAUGCUUCACAAGACAGUUGUGAUCUGUUAAAUGUAGAAAGCGAUGAAGCAAUAGAGCGGCCAAAGUCCACAGAAAUGCAGUUACCAGUUGUAUCAUUCGAACUCUCUGUCACUGCAAAAGAAUUUGUUCCAAGAUUGCAGAAAGAAGAUGAUAUUGAACAAGCUGAUGAGCAGACAGAAAGCUGGCAACCUUAUUUUGUGAUGCCAAAAAUGGGAAAACCUCCAGUGGAUGGAGCAAUGCCCAUUCCACAACCUCGAAUUCCUGAUCAGUUUGUACCAGGGUUUCGACAACCAAGAGCUCCAUUUGCAAUGCCAUUACACCCACCUUGGUUGCCUAGAGGAGGAAGGGGUCCCCCGCCAAGGGGAAGGCAACGUUGGAUGCAGUUUCCCAAUUUUCCUGAACCAAGAGGAGGUCCACCCUUUCUACCACCAGGGGGAGUACUGCCUGUUCAGAGGAGUAGCAAAUCUUCCACAGAGUUAAAUGAGAAGGAGAUAGAAAGAGUAAAGGAAAAGAUUACCACUGGUGCUAUAAUGUUGAUUGUUUUGAGAGGACUCCCAGGAAGUGGAAAAUCUACAUUAGCAAAAGAACUGGUUGGAGAUGGAGUAAUUUUAAGUACAGAUGAUUACUUCAUGGAGAAUGGAAUGUACAACUAUGAUGUCAGCAAACUUGCGGAUGCUCAUGACUGGAGUCAAAAAAGAGCUGCAGCAGCAAUGGAGGAGAGGAGAACCCCUGUAAUUAUAGACAACACUAACACUCAAGCCUGGGAAUUCAAACCAUACCUGAAACUAGGGAAGGCAUUUUCAUAUGAAAUGGAAAUAUUGGAGCCAAAUACACCAUGGAAAUAUUCUGUUAAGGAGUUGACAAGGAGAAAUGAUCAUGGCGUACGAAAGGAACAUAUCCAGAAGAUGAAAGAGAGAUUCCAAAAAGAUUUAACUGUAGAACAUGUCUUAGGUUUACCUUUGAAGAAAAGUAAAAUAGAAAAUGGGGAGAAACCAAAGGAUGUAGAGUUUUCCCAAGCAGAUUUUCCUGAGCUUAAAACUUCUCAGCCUGGGAGGGGAAGUCCAUUCAGUUCACCUAGGAGGGAUUCAUUAGAUCAUGAGGUUUUCUUAACAAGACCUGAGGAUUUUAAAGAGAAUGACCACCAGAUAAAAUUUAGAAAAAACAGUGGUGAUUCGCUGCUAGAGUGUACCACUCCAGGUAGUGAUACAGAUUCUGAGAAGAGAAUGGAAAAAGAAUUUGACCAGUUAAGUGAUAGCAGAUACAGCCCCACCCCGACUAAUAUAGGAUAUGUUGCUAGAUCUCAUUUAGCAAUGUCAACCAGCAACCUGCACAAACAACUGGAAAUUAUCUCAAAGCGAAAAACUCUUAUGUCACCACCAGUUUCGUAUGGAGCUAAACAGAAAGAGGACACAUGUGAAGCAACUGUGGAAGAGUGUACAAUUUCUCAGUCCUCAACAAAAGUUACGGACACACAAACAGCUGAAAAAGAUAAUAUAGAGAAGAUAGUGGAUGAUCUUAUCUCUGAGAAUGUGGGUUCUUGGAAUGUCGAUAGUGAUCAGGAUAAGGUAGUAAAUGAACUUAAAUCUCUCAUCCUUUUCAUGCCUAUUGAUCCCAUGCAGCACCCACAAGUGGAGAAAAUGAUUGAAGAAAAAAUAAGAAUACUGUCUCAAAAUAGUGUGAAUGAUCAUAAUAUUGACGUAGAUGGGAAUGCUGCAAAUGAAAACGAUGAUAUUGAUGAUGGGAAAGUGGCAAAUUCUCAUGAAAACGAAAAUGUUUGGGAUACUUCAAAAGAUCAGCAAACUGAGCAUUUGUUUGAAAACAUGGUACACAAUACCAAGAAUACUUCAGAUGAUUUAACUAGUACAGAGUUACGAGGAGAGGAUGAAAUUCCAAGUGACCGUGGACAGAUGACUGAGGCUAUUUCAGAGAGUGAUGAAAUUCCGAGUGACCGUGGACAGGUGACCAAGGCUAUUUCAGAGAGUGAUGAAAUUGCAAUGGACCGUGGACAGAGGACUGAGGCUAUUUCAGAGAGUGAUGAAAUUGCAAUGGACCGUGGACAGAUGACCGAGGCUAUUUCAGAGAAGGAUGAAAUUCCAAUGGACCGUGAACAGGUGACCGAGGCUAUUUCAGAGAGCAGUGAAAUUCCAAGUGACUGUGGACAGAUGACUGACUCAUUUUCAGAGAGUGAUGAAAUUCCAAGUGACCAUGGACAAGUGACCGAGGCAAUUUCAAAGAGUGAUGAAAUUCCAAUGGACCCUGGACAGGUGACAGAGGCUAUUUCAGGGAGUGAUGUAUCUUCAGAACUAAGUAACAUUAAAGCAUCAGAAGUGUUGUACUGGACAAAACAAGAAUGUAAUGAAGAAAGUGAAACUGAUGUUUUGGUGUCUGCAGGCACAUGGGAAGAUGAAGAAGACACAAAAGAUCAGAAACCCCGCAGACAGAGACGCGUAAUCAGACGUACACACCGAAGUCAGCAGGUUAUACAGGAAGAUGAUGAUGUGUUAGAUACAGAGAAUGUUGUCUCCAGAAGUGCCUUCAGUGAUGGAGAAAUUGAAUUGAUGACAGAUACAUCCCAUAUAUCAAAAUCGUUGAAUGAAUCUUCAUCUGAGCAUCAAACCUCCAUCUCAAAGAAAAUUGUGAAAGUCACCCAGGCUACCCCUAAUGGACUAAGUUCAUCAGUCUGUGAUAAGAGCAAUAUAAUGUUACAAGAGGAUGUUGUUCUUGAAAAAGAUAAAACCCAAGCUGUAAAGAAAAACAGCAGGAGAAAAAUGGCAGCCAGAUUCCCAUACUUUAAUGAUAGUGAUGUAGCCAAAUUUUCUGUAAGUGAUUGGACUGCUAUUAAAGUGGAUAAGCUUGAUGAUGUAAAGUAUGAAAAUAUUGAGAAACCAGAAGAAACUUCAUUAACCAUAACGGUGGAUUCUGAAACAGAAAUAACACCACAGGAUUUAAAAAUAAUGUAUGAACUUAAUAAUGAAAUGACAGUCAGUAGUGGUGGGGAUCUUUGUGUUAUUGAUGGCAAGGAUUGGAAAGGAUAUUCAACUGAUGGUAACUCUCCCGAAAAUUCUGUUAGAAAUAGUAAAGUGAUGACAGUACAUCGUAGUACCAUGACAGAAGAUCUGCUAGAGGCAGAUAUUGAAUUUUUGAAAAACAGUUUCCCCACAAUCCCAGAAGUACAUUUAAAAGAUGUUUUACAGAACUGUGAUAACAGUGUCGAGUGGGCAGCAGACAUUAUUCUGGAGUGGAAUUUUCAUGACUUAUCUUUGAGUCAAGAGGACAAAAAAAAAUAUUUAGACUCGAUAUUUAAGUUACAACGAAUGCCGAAGUCCCCAACCAUACCUGUCAAAUUGAGAAGUUCAUCAACUGUUAGUAUGGUGGAGCCAUUCAAACAACCUGCUCUUCUUUUGGACAUUUGUGUAAAAUUCUUGGAAGACACAAAUAUUGCAACUAAAGAGGACAUUGAAAAUCAGCUGAUUGCAAACUCUCAGAAGAGACUGCUUUCAUAUGAAUCAAACAUUCGAAUACAUCAUCAAUUCUCACGAGAGAAUGAGGGUGAUGAGAUAUUUAUUGAAGAUGAUGACUUCACAAAAAAGAUUCUACAAGAAUUGUUGGACAAAAGUGAGAGAGAGUCUGCAUCUGACAAUAUUUCUAUACAACAUGAAUCAAAAACAGAUCAGAGCUUGAAUUUGUUAUAUAUAGAUUCUCCACAGAGUGGUGUAUUUGAAGGGGUGUCAGACAUUUCUUGUCCCACAGAAAGUCAGAUUGUGUCUACUCCUGGAACAGAGUCCCCAGCUAAUCUGACACUGUCCCUUGAACUUCCAAAUGACUUUGUGCAGGCUCUUUUAAGUCUUUUUGGAUCGAUUGGAAAAUUGACCCCAGAAACAGCAGAAGCUUUAACAAUUCCAGUAGAUUACAUAACCGCUCAGCGACUUCAUCAGUGUCUGAGGACUGAACAUGUAGAAAAUCAUGUCAACAGACGACAGCAGAUUUCAGAAGAUGAGGCCUUAGCGCAGCAGCUACAAUCAACAAUGAAUGAUUCCUCCGUGACAAAAUCAAAUGCAUCGGAAUCACGUGACAGACGUCCUGCUCGAGAGUCAAUGCUUGCAAUAAUGCAUGAGCAGUUACUGGAGGAAAGAAGGAAAACUGAACUGAAAAAAGAUUUAAAGGCCUCAGGAUAUCAUGAUACCAUGGGUAAUAGAAUGAAAAGGCAGAAGCUUUAUGAAGAAUUCCCAGCUAUUGAUCCAUCUGUCAUAGAUGAAAUAUUUCAAGGAAAUUGCUUCAGCUAUGAGGAAACAGUAAGAGCAGUGAGGGGGUCACUCGGAUCUAAUGAGCCACCAAAAACUGUGAUGACAGCAGAAGCAGCAGACGUGUAUGAAAGAAAAUUGAUAGAAGCAGCCAAACAGCAAAGUCUGCAAGAAAUGAUUGACUCAUAUUCCUAUCGUCCAAAAGCAAAGAAAGAAUUCCAAAGUGCUGAAAACCCAGAAUAUGAAGAUAUCAGAGGAGAAGCCAAUCUACAUUAUAGACUGCGUCUUGAAUGUUUUCAAAAAGCUCAAGAAGCUUACAGACGGGGCAUGAAACAAGUGGCCCAGUUUUACUCCAAUCAGGGCCACAAGCAUACAAAGCAGAUUAAAGAGGCAAAUGAAAAUGCUGCACAAAUGAUUUUAGGCAAGAGAGAGGAGUAUCUUGAGACCAAGUCUACUCUGGAUCUUCAUGGUUUACAUGUUGAUGAGGCCAUUACAGUUCUUACAAAUGUUAUAGAGGAUCAGUUGAAAAAUCUAUCCAGUAGUGUGUAUAGAAAGAAAGAUCUCUUCAUCAUAACAGGAAGGGGCAGCCAUAGCAGGGGUGGUGUAGCAAGAAUCCGACCAGCUGUUAUGCGAUGGCUCAAACAAAAAGGCUACAACUUUGCUGAGGUCCGUGAGGGUCUGUUAAAACUGCGUCUGCCUUAGGAACAUUAAUUGAUUUGUACCAAGUGACGAGAACUUAGAUAGCUGUUUGCAUUUGUUUGUAUUUUUCACCUAUCAGUAAAUUGUUUGAUAAACAUUGAAAACAUGCAUGAAAUGCAUGUAGGAUGUGUUUAUGUUUAUUUUUUACCUGUAUUUUAGAUAAGUUCAUGGAUAUGAUUGAUAUUCUUGAAGAAUUAUACUUUUCGAAAACAUUAUACAUGUAUACCCGUAUCAAUUUCAAAGCAUGAUCAUAAAUUGUUGAUUUCAAAGCAUCAUGAAUAUAAAUUGUUUAAAGUUGACACUUUAUUCGUAUACUAUAAACAUUAACUACCAGGUAUUAUUUGUAACUUUUCUGGGAUUUGUUGUUGGUGUUUACAAACUAUACAAGUACACUCGUGUUGUAGGUGUGGUUUUGUAUUACUGUGUAUAAGAAUAAGAGCAUGUGUAUAUGAAUAAAAGGAAAAUGAGUCAAUCUUUGGUUGUACUAUAAAUAAUGAUAUUGUAAUACAGUUAUAACAGGAAAUUUGACACUGAAAGUUUAAAUGUUGAUUUGACUUAGUCAGAUGUCAGUGUUUUUGAUGAUUCAUGUGCAAUGUGAUAUUUUAAGAGAUAAGCAAAAUAUCUUGUAUUAGAUCUGGCAGAUUCUAAUUUCUUGUAGUAUGAAAAGAAGCAGUAAUGAAAAUGAUUUAUUUUUUUUAUUUUGAUGCAAAGCAGUCAAAUAUGUGAAGCUUCAAUUAUUAGAAAGUAAUUGCCAUUCUGCCAGUAUAUACAUAUUAUCAUUCUGCUAGUAUGUACAUAUUACCAUUCUGCUAGUAUGUGCAUAUUACCAUUCUGCUAGUGAGUACAUAUUGCAUACGACUCAGAAAGUAAUUGUUCUAGAAGAACCAGUUAUAUGGAUUUUUUUAUUGUGUUUUAUGUGGAUGUAAAAGAUGUGUGAAAUAUUUGUUUACCCGGUACUAUACAUGUAUAUACACAAUGCUGUGUCAUAUUAUCUAACAUAUAUAUAAGAUGUGCAUGUAUUUCUAUAAAUUGUGGUAAGAGUUUCAAAACUAUCCAUGCUUUGUUCAAGCAUAUGGAAUGGUCUGAUUUGGUGUAGCUGGAUCUUGCAUGUCAAUAACAGGUCAGUGAAUUUACCAGACAUGUGGUAAACUGACACUUUCAUUUAUACAUGUGUUAAAAGAUAGAAAAGUUGGAGAGAAAAAGUUGUUUUGAGCUUUUUUCCCCCCCCCUUUUGCUACAUUUUUUACAUCACCACAUGCCCUGUAUUAUAAAAUAUGUUGAUGGCUAUGUUGAUUGUAUGCAUAGUUACAUGUACAUAUUUCGAAUGAUAUAGAUAUUCAUAUUAUAAAAGUUGUAAAACAAAAUGCUCAAAGCAUUUCAUUUUAUAAUAAACAAGUUAUGCGAAGAGCAUAAGUAGCGUGUGCAUGAGCGAUAUGUACAUUUUAUACACGUCAUUAGACAAUGAUUGCUUUCUUUUUUAUCAUUAGGGAGGAUAAAUCUCCCUAUCAUAUUUCACCCCUUCAGCAGUCUCAUGCAUUUUACGUAAAUUUUACAUCAAGGUAAACAUAGUUUAUUGUGAUAUCACAAUUAGUCCGAGUCAUUACUUUCAUAGUUCAUAGUUCGUAAGGCACAAAAUGAAUAUUUAUUUUUUACUUGGGUUUCUGGUACACAGUUGAAUCACCUGAUUUUGGUUGAUACAAAAACAAGCAAGUAAAUCAGCAUUCAAGGAGAAAUGGUCAUCAUAUCACUGUAUUUUGUUGUUUUUAUCUUCUAAUACGUUCACGGCGUGGCGUUACCAUAAGGGCGAUCUCGGCUACAUACAAUGUAUAAAUGAGUGGACUCCAAUUUCAAAUGUCAGUUUUGUAGUCUUGCUUUGUUUCUGUAUAAUAAACAAUUUAUUGCAUGAAUGUUUGGGAGAUAUGAAGAUGUAGUCACUUGUAUUCACUGAAGAUCUUCAUGCAAUAAAUGUAUAUUGUAAUAUUUGAACUGAGUGUCAUAAUUAUUGUCAGGUGCUGAAUUCUGAAUUGGCUCAACUUCAUCUUCCAUCGGUUAUCUUUUGUUAUGCACAUUCUAUUCUAUGUUUCUCAUAUUUACACAAACACAUUUAUACUUUUCAUGUCAGAUUAGUUUUUGAAUGUACAUGGAGUGAAAUCAAGUUAAUGGUUGUUGAGUCUUGUGAUUGUUAUUUGAAGUGAUAUUUGAAUCAACGUCAAAACAAAUUGAAAACUAAGCUUUAUAUUUUUUUUUUUAUGAAAUGGUAGCUUUUUUAAUCAGGUAACUGUGAUCUCUUAUUCUUCUAAUGGUAGUGUUAAAACAUGUAUAAAAAAGGGUUAAACAACAUAUUAUAUAACAUAACUUUAUUGAUAAUUAUGUGAUUACUGUUUUUCUAAACAAAAAAUAUGUAUAUUUAACUACGCACAAUUGUUCAAUAAACAAUUAGAAUGCAUGAGUA